ACCCCUUACCAACUAAACCGCCAUUUUUCCAUGUUAGCGUUGCCGCCUUUUGUAUAUUAAUCUCUCUAAGUAGUAAAUAACACAUGUCUGAUUUACUACACGCUUACUGCAACCGUUCGGAGAGUGGUUUUCACCUUACGCAAUAUCGUUUGUCAUUAGAUUAAUCGCACGAAGAUCUCGAAUAAUUCCUCAGGAUGGAUUUCCUUGAGUAUUCGGACAUCUGCGCUGAGGUUAAGGGCGCUAUGACGCCAGGCAGGUUGAAGCUGACCGAUCAGCACUUGAUAUUCAAGAAUCAGAAGACUGGGAAGGUCGAGCAGAUCUCCGCGUCCGAUAUGGAGAUGGUGAACUAUCAGAAGUUUAUUGGCACCUGGGGCCUACGUAUCUUUCUGAAAAAUGGUACUUUGCAUCGUUUCAAAGGCUUCAAGGAAUCUGAUCAGGAGAAAAUCGCCAAAUUCUUUUCUGUCAACUAUAAGAAGGACAUGCUUGAGAAGGAGCUGAGUUUGAAGGGCUGGAACUGGGGCACUGCAAAGUUUAAUGGAUCUGUCUUGAGUUUUGACGUCGGUCAUCACACUGCUUUCGAGAUACCCCUGUACGAUGUGUCCCAGUGUAACACAGGAAAGAACGAGGUGACGUUGGAGUUCCAUCAGAACGACGACGCUCCGGUUAGCCUGAUGGAGAUGAGAUUUCACAUUCCUGUUAGCGACACCGGCGAUCAAGAUUCUGUCGAAGCGUUCCAUCAGCAGGUGAUGGAUAAGGCAUCUGUGAUCAGUGUGAGCGGCGACGCGAUUGCCAUAUUCAGGGAAAUUCACUGUCUAACGCCACGUGGCCGUUAUGACAUCAAGAUUUUCCAGACCUUCUUCCAAUUGCAUGGCAAGACCUUUGACUACAAGAUACCCAUGUCCACUGUAUUGAGACUUUUUUUACUUCCGCACAAAGAUAAUCGGCAAAUGUUCUUUGUUGUGAGCCUGGAUCCUCCUAUAAAGCAAGGUCAAACACGAUAUCAUUAUUUGGUACUCCUGUUCAAUCAGGAAGAGGAGACUUCUAUCGAGUUACCGUUUACCGAGAAAGAAUUGAAGGAAAAAUAUGAAGAUAAACUGUCUAAAGAAAUAUCGGGACCAACAUAUGAAGUACUCGGGAAGGUGAUGAAGGUAAUUAUCAACCGAAAGUUGACCGGUCCGGGACAUUUCACUGGUCACACCGGAACACACUCUAUUGGCUGCUCCUUCAAAGCUGCUGCAGGAUACCUGUAUCCUCUUGAGCGAGGUUUCAUCUACGUACACAAACCUCCAAUACAUAUUCGUUUCGAAGAGAUAGCUUCUGUAAACUUUGCGCGCGGCGGUGGCUCGACUAGAUCUUUCGACUUUGAGAUCAAGCUUACAAGCGGUGUGGAAUACACGUUUAGCAGUAUUGAGAAAGAAGAGUAUGGGAAACUGUUCGACUUCAUCACGGCAAAGAAAUUGCGCGUCAAAAACCGUGGCAAGAGUGACAAGCCCAAUUAUGACGCAGACUUCGGUGACAGCGAUCAGGAGGACGAACCGGACGCUUACUUGGCGCGGGUUAAGGCAGAGGCGCAGGAACGGGACGGUGAUGAAAAUCAAGACUCCGAAGAAGGCUCAACCGAUGAGGAUUUCAAUCCGAAUCAAGAUGAGAGUGAUGUCGCCGAAGAAUACGACAGCAAUCCCAAUAGUUCUGACAGUGAUUCAGAUGCAUCUGCGGCUAGUCACAAAAAGGAGAAGAAGGAAAAGAAAUCCAAGUCAGCAAAAACGGUGUCGGAAAAACCGCGGAAGCAGAGGAAACCGAAGAAAGAAAGAGACGCGGACAAGCCCAAGAGACCACCGACGGCGUUUAUGCUGUGGCUGAAUAACACACGCGACAGUAUCAAGGCAGAAAAUCCGAAAUUAGCUGUGACGGAAAUCGCGAAAAAGGGAGGCGAGAUGUGGCGAGAGCUUAAAGAUAAGUCUGAAUGGGAAGCAAAGGCGGCCAAGGCUAAGAAAGAGUACGAUGCGUUGAUGAAAGAAUACAAAGCGAGCGGUGGUGGUAAAACUAAAGAAACUAAAGAUACUAAAGAAAAGAAGACAGAGAGGAAGAAGAAGGAAACGAAGAAGGAAACGAAGAAAGACUCGCCUAGCAAGCAAAUGACUGGCUCCUCUUUCAAGAGCAAAGAGUAUAUUAGCGAUGACGACAGUAGCAGCGACGAAAGCAAGAAGUCCUUAAAGAAAGGCUCCGAUGAUGAAAGUGAGGAGGAGAAGGAUAAAAAGAAAUCUGCAAAGAAACGCUCUGACAACGAGAGCGAGGAUGAGAAAGAUAGAAAGAAGAAAACUGAAAAGAGGCCAGCGGAAGAUACAAAAAAGGCGAAAAAGAUGAAACGAGAACAAUCGGAUGAAAGCGACGAGGAAGAACCUGUAGAGAGUACUCCAUCCUCGUCUGAUGCAGAAUCUAAAAGUGAUUAAUAAAUAUUACAAAAUUUAAACAGACAUUCUUAUCAGAUUAUAUUACUUAUCAAAUUGAAUUUCUACAUCCUUCCACUGUUAACAUUUUUUUAUUAACGAGAAAACGUUACAUUUUUAUAUUUAUAAUCACAUGUAAAUUAAUUGAUAAUAGAAAAGUUAGACAUGUAUCAACUAUUUGAUGCAUAUAAGUAACUUUUUAAUGUAUUAUAAUAUAUUUUAUAUUUUUUAUAUAUUAUAAUAUAUUAUAAAGUUUUAAUAUUAAAGCCCGUAAAACAAAAUAACAAUUUAUUUCUGUCAUUGAAUACUUUUGUUGCGUUUUUUCUUUGAGCAAAUAUAUCUUUUUUUUUUUUGUAAUAAAAAAGAUAAGUAAGAGGAAGGUUAUUUACUGGAUCUAUCUUCGUAAGUUAUUUAUUUUUACGUCACUGAGUGACUAUUUUAUCUAGAAAAGUUGUUCUAUAUAGUUUUGUCCUCGUGAAGUGUAAAUCUUCCAAGAAAAAUUCAACAAUUUAAUAAAGUUACAAGAAUUACAAAAUAAAA